AUGUCUAUCGACGAGAAUGACACUGUGGGAGUUCCGGCGACGGAGCAAACCCCUUUGCUGCGCGAUGCCAACCCCGUCGGUUCCGUCCCGACAGAUGAGCAACCGGCGGCCGAGGAGGUCAGCACCAAAGAAUUGAUUAUAAUCCUGGGCAGUAUCUGGGUUGGAGUAUUUCUAGCGGCACUAGAUACAACGAUUGUCGCGACACUAUCUGCUCCCAUUUCUUCCUCGUUCAACUCAUUCUCUUUGCUUUCAUGGCUGGCUACUUCCUACCUGAUUUCAAAUGCCGCUUGUCAACCCUUGAGUGGGCGAUUGACCGAUAUCUAUUCGCGUCGGUGGGGUCUGGUUUUUUCGAAUAUAUUCUUCGCAUUGGGCAACCUGAUCUGUGGUUUGGCAAAGACUGAGACCACAAUCAUUUUGGGUCGAGUCGUAGCGGGUAUUGGAGGCGGUGGGCUUACAGCCAUCUCAACCUUUGUGACCUCGGAUCUAGUUCCUCUGCGAAAACGGGGCAUCUGGCAGGGUGUAGGCAACAUCUGCUACGGAGCUGGAAGCGGUCUCGGUGGUGUCUUCGGUGGCUGGAUCAACGAUACACUCGGAUGGCGCUGGGCAUUCCUGCUUCAGAUCCCGUUUCUGGUGAUCUCAUGCAUAUUGGUUGCGUACAAGGUCAAUAUUCCAGUGAAGAAUUCGGACAAGGCCCGGAUCAAGCGUGUUGAUUUCCUCGGUGCCAUAACCCUCAUACUGACACUUGUUACACUGCUGAUGGGCUUGAAUACUGGCGGGAACCAAGUGCCAUGGACGCACCCGAUUGUUCUUACAUCCUUGCCCCUCUCUGCGGUGUUUCUGGGCUUGUUUAUUUAUGUGGAAGCCCGAGUGGCAUCGGAGCCCGUCAUCCCUGUCAAAUUGCUUUUGGAUCGCACGGUCGCAGCAGCUUGCUUGACGAACUGGUUCACCACAAUGGCAGUCUUUGGCUUGUUAUUUUAUCUUCCACUGUAUUUCCAAGUGCAGGGACUGUCGGCCACGGCUGCCGGACUUCGUUUGAUUCCACAAGCGAUAGGUACGUCCAUUGGCUCCCUGGGUUGUGGUGUUAUUAUGCGAUCUAGCGGUCGAUACAAGCUCUUGAACUCCACUGCUGUGAUUCUUCAGAUGGCAGCGGGGGCGCUGGUCUGUACCUUGACUUUGUCCACCCCAUCAUGGCUGCCGUUUCUCUAUUUCUUCCUCCUCGGGGUCGCAUAUGGCAGUAUGCUCACUAUCACGCUUGUCGCUCUUAUCUCUGCUGUAGAUCACGAGCACCAUGCUGUGGUUACAUCGGCAUCCUAUGCCUUCCGGAGCACGGGUAGCACGGUUGGAAUCACGAUUGCAUCGGCCGUGUUCCAAAAUACUCUGAAGAUGGGGCUGUGGUCCCGCUUUGGUGACCGCAAGAAUGCGGCCGAGCUCAUCUCAAAGCUCCGAGACAGCCUCGAUGAAAUCCGCAAGCUUCCUCAAGACUGGAUCCCAGGUGUGCUAGAUGCGUAUAUGAACUCUCUACGGGCAGUGUUCUUGACUUUGUUGGGAUUGACGGUGCUAGGGGCCUUGGCUAGUCUUGCCAUGCGCGAGCAUAAGUUACACAACAACCUGUCUCGGCGAUGA